AGUUACUAAAAACUGAAUAUAAUCAUACCCUUGUUUUAUUUUUGGUAAUAUGACAUAUUGUUGAGUUGAAAGAUAAAACAAAUAGAAUCUCACCAGCGUUAAUGUUACAAAAAAAUACAAUAGGAACGCACCCAUACAGUUCCCAUGAAAAAAUAAAAACUCAUUGACUGUGGACGAACGGGAGCUUCAAUGACAGGUGGCGAAUUGACAGCGUAUUCGGCCUCGGAAGAAAUUUCGAACGUUAUUUUUACCAACAAUACUGCGUAAAUUAUAGAUAAAACAUGCAACAAUUAACAGUAUUCAUGGAUAUUGAAAGUUCACGUUCGUAUAUCGACGAGCUGUACUCACCAGACACGCCAAAGGUUGUGGAUGCCUUAGUGACGCUGAAGAACUCAGUGAUAGGCAGCAAUCGACAGAAGAGUUCAGUGAUACAGCAAGGAGUAGUGCCGCGUCUUCUUCAGCUAAUGUCUGAUGAAACAUUGGACCCUAACAUAAGACUCGAAGCUACUAUCACAAUUGGUUCACUUGCAAAAGGCACAGAAGAAAAUGUCAGAUCAUUAGUAGAGCAAGGCACAGCGACAGCUCUAGUGGACCUCUUAAGGAACGCCCCCGUUGGUACAAAGUUGGCAGAAGCUGGACUAUGUGCGCUAAGGAGUGUGUUCCUGCAUCCACCGGCACCAAUAUCUGCUUUACCAGCAGAUAUGAGGCUGUUGAGCAGACUUACACAAAUAGCACGGGAAGGAUCACCGACGGCUCGAGCUUGCGUGGUGAGGAUCCUCUCGAUCUGGUGCACGGGCGCGGGGGAGCAGGAGGCGCUGUGUGCUGCGGGGGCUUGUGAAGCGGCCGCGGCGCUGCUGGCCGCCACGCCGCCUGCCGCGCCGGCUCUCCCGGCCCUCGACCUUCUAGCUGCCAUGUGCUUUGAGAAUACCAGCGUCUCACAGAUUGCCUUGAAUACUAGGCAUGGUGACAAGACGAUACCGGAGCUGUUGUCCACGUUGGUGUGUCGAGACAAACCGCUCCCGGUGGCGAUGGGGGCGGCGCGGUGUCUCACCUUCAUGCAUCGCGCUAAUGCCAUACCUGCUGAUGAUGCUCGAGUGGUGUUCGGAGCCCUGCCUUGCCUGGCGCGGCUGUGUACGAAGGACAUGCCGGAGGACAUCCGGGCGUCGGCCGCCGAGACCUUAGCUUACUUAGCAGAGGUAGACACAUCCCUGCAACGGUUGGCGGCAAUAUCCAACCACCUGAUGACGUCACUAGCUGAGAUAGUUAACUGUCCGUCGCCGGCCGCCAAGCAAGGUGCCUUCAAAUGCUUCGCGUCGCUCGGUGCCAAUGACGAAGACAUUAGGAAGAGGAUCAUUGAAACUCACGGUCUGAUGGUCCAUGUUGUCAAUGGAAUGAAUAAUCCUGAGGCUUCGGUACGAUUAGCAGCAGUUAGGUGCUUACACUCGCUGUCAAGAUCUGUACAACAGCUACGAACAACAUUUCAGGAUCAUGCCGUAUGGAAACCUCUAAUGCAACUGCUUGGUGACUCGCCCGGAACUGAACUCUUAACUGUUGGCUCAUCAACUCUCUGCAAUUUACUUCUCGAGUUUUCACCAGCUAAAGAACCAAUGUUGGAUCAAGGUGCAGUAGAAAUGUUGUGUAAUUUGACAAAGAUGCCCGAAGCUGCGUUACGACUGAAUGGGAUUUGGGCGCUUAUGAAUAUGGCUUUUCAGGCCGAACAAAAAGUGAAACAGCGCAUCCUAAGUUGCCUGGGCACGGAGCAGAUGUUCCGUCUGCUGGGCGACAGCGACACGCGCGUCAUCAUGAAGACCCUCGGCCUGCUGCGGAACUUGCUGUCCACCAGGCACCAUAUCGACGCCAUCAUGAGCGAGUACUCCUCGCAAGUUAUGCAGGCUGUGAUAGUAGUGCUGGAAGGUUCCUACCCUGCCGAGGUGAAGGAGCAAGCGCUCUGUAUCCUGGGGAACAUUGGAGACGGAGAGAAAGCCAAGGAUCUCAUCAUGGCCAACGAAGAUGUACUUAGAAAACUGGUGGACUAUUUGGUCCAGGCCUCGAAACUGUCGUGGGGCCAAACCUCGACCGAGUACGUGACGAGAGCGAUACAGUGGGCAGUGCAAGUGACCGCGGAAGGCGCACCCGGAGAGCAAGCUGCAGGAGGCGGCGCUGUUCGUGGCGGGCAACCUGGUGUGGCGCGGCGAGGCGGGCGCGGCGGCGCGGCAGGCGCGCCUGGCCGACCUCGGCGUGCUGCGCGCGCUCAAACUGCUGCGCGCAAGGCACGACGCCGCUCAUCUGCACGACAAAGUGAAGACGGCCCUGGCGCAGUUUAACGACUUCACAUAAUGCCGCAAGGGGCACAGACACAAGCGCAUGAGGCGGUAGUGUCUGUUAGUUAUAUAGUAACGCUUGUGAUUCAGUCGACACCGACUACCGACAGUGAGUUAUCCAGUCAUAAACCCUAUGAUAUUACGACACUACGUCUAGCUUUAAGUAUUUAAUUGUACAUAAAAUAAGUUCACAAAUUGUUAUGUCGACGACGUGUGUUAUUCAACUAUUUAUUGAAUUAAUUUAUCCUGUAGUCGUCAUCGUUCAUCGUUACUAACCUUUAACGUUUCCUACCAUUUUAAUGUAACAGUUUGACGAGUAUCUCCCAAAGAUAUCGAUACGCGUUUCCAACGACAGAGGUGCUAGAAUCCCUCGCAGAAUGGAUAUUUUUGUGUAACUAGCGAAUGUAGUGAAACUACAAUAGCGUAAUUUAGUUAGUUGUUGAUAUUACGACCGUUUUUUAUGCGUGUGUUUUACGAAAUCAACUCAAUCGGUAUACAUUGUCCGACAGUGGAUGUAUAAAUGUAGAAAUUAUUGCGCGAAUGAAUCAGUAUUGUACCUAAUGUACGGUGUUUGGUACUGUUUUAAUACUCAUAUUAUGUAAUAAUAUCUUUUUGCUUUACAUCCAAAUCAUAAUCAUUGUUUUAUUAAUAGUUGUAUGACUAAAUGUGUGGUAGAACCAAAUUAAAUAUUUGUCUAAUAAAUUGACGUAAAAUAUUUUGGAAAUAAAUCUCCUGUGAUGACUAAAUGCGUCUUUAAAAUGUCGUUAUGACCGCGUGUGUGAAAUCCUAGGUAGACUAAGGCUCGGUAUGAAGGGUAAUUAAAAUAUGGAAAGGCUGUGGCGGUCAAUGUGCUUAUUAAACAAGUAACACCAUAUCCACGGUCGGACGAGAAAACGUAAAUUGGGAACGAAAAUAUGGCGGACUCAUUUCCUUGUACCUAAGAUACUGUAAAUAAUUGUUCAAAGACGAAAGGAAUGAGCUUCGCCAAGCUAAGAACGAGUCUCUUAGACGACGGUAAACAGGUAGCUUUUGAUAACGCAUUGAAUGUAUGAAUGUAUGUAACUAUGUAUGUAUGUAAUGUAGAUAAACUUUCAAUAAAUAAAUAUUGCUUAGCACGUUAUAACGUAUAUUCCUGUCUCUGUCUUGCUGGGCCCUUAAUACAAGUUUGCUUUACGUUUAACGCGAUCGAAACGAGAGCGCGUUCGGCGCUUUGAUUGACCGGAUCCAAUGACCCAACCAAUAAGAGCGCCGAACGCGCUCGUUUCGAUCUUGUUAAACAUAAAGGAAACUCGUACUAAGAGAACUGGUCACGGUUGUGCGAUGGGAUUACAGCUGUGUUAAGCAAUAUUUAUUUAUCCAUCCUUAUACUUUCUUACCUUCGAAAUAAUAGCUUAUACGCAUAUACUUUAACUACAAAAUAAUAAAUGUAUUCGAUGCCAACGCUGUGUAAAUGUAAUUCUUCCAUUUCUGUGUAUCUAAACUAUAUUUAUAUAAUCAAAUAUUAUUACCGGUUGAGCUUUGAAAGGAGGGGUGAGCGGAGUGUCUUUACCUUGUAAAAUAUGUUAAGUUUUUGAAACUUCUCUAACCAGUUAUUCACCUUUUCUAUACCCGUUUGUCGUUUCUUUUGAAGUCCAACUGAUCAGUUAGACUGAUGUGAUUUCUAACAUUGAUGUAUCUGAUGCAAAUUUAACUUAUAAAACCCAACUUUCGACGUAUUUAUUCGAGUAUUUCUCGAUAUUGAAAGUUUAACGAACGUUUUCGAACACGGGUAGACUCCAAACAUAGUUUGAAGAGCUCUAAGUAUCGGAAAAUAUCUUGAAUUUAUAUGAGAAGUUGGCAAAGCUGUGUAUGUAUAGUUAAGAAUGAAUCAAGGUAGCUUUAUGAAAUUGUUUGCUCAUUCGAUUAUGUUAGAAAGACGCGGUUUAUCGUAGCGAACAUUGUUUUGUUUCUGUUCUGUUUUGUGUUAAUACGAAUCUGUGUUUUCACACUUGGUUGCUAACAUUUGUAAUUAGCUGUUGUCUCAAUGUUCAAUGUACGUAACUUACAUGAUAAGAAUCUGUGUCAUUCAAUGUUGUCUGUGUCAUUCAAGUUUUUUAAUACAUAUUCGAAUGUAAUAUAAGUAAUGCAAGCUCAGCAAUUUGCCAAUAUUGGUAUCAAUGCAUCGCAUCGUCGUAAUCAAUGCAAUCAAGUGUGGAAAAUAUUUCAUUUUUGAUGUUUUUUUUUGUAAAUUAUAAAAAUUAUGUUCAAACGACUGAUAGAUUAGGCUAAUUCUUUGACGAACGUAUGUCUGGAUUGUUCAAUGAAUGAGUCGUAACAUCAAUUUCAUUAUUUCUCUAUUUAAUUGUAAGUUGUCUGUUAAUUUUUUCUCAUUACUUUGACAUAGUAAAUGUAAAUUCUGAAAUUGUAAAAUUUUAUUAUUUAUGACAAGUUACGUUUUUCAUGUUAAUAUGAAGAUAAUGCGAAAAC